UUCAUGGUUACAAAUCGAAGGUCCGUAACCGAACCAUUGGCCAUGAAGAUCCAGACCGGUCCAGUUCUCACUGAGAAAUUCAGACAUCGAAAGACUGACAACAUCACCGUAGCGGCACUUGUCACUGCAGCGGCUCUCUGCGGGAGAUGGAGAAGGAAGGAAGAAGGCGGCGGUGGAUAUUAUAGCAGCCGCUUACUGUUGCUGCAGUAGCUUCGGAACCGACCAGGACUUUCUUUCUCUCUCAGCUUGCUCCGACAAUGAAGUCUGAUCCGCACCUAGAUAUUCACUCUGGCUCGCCGUGCAGCUCAACGGGAUAGAAUACCGUAUGCUUCAGGUGUCCCUAAUGUUGUGACCUGUGUUGCUGCAUUGUAUCCAUUGAGUUCCAGUUACAAUGCAACGUGUGAGGCGCUGCAGUUCCAGCAUUAGUGAGUCACGUCUCCAACACUUGCUUUCUUUCAACAGCGACUAACCAACGGAUUUUCCAGUCCCUUGAAAAGCGACUGGCUGCUCCCUGUCGCUAUGGCUAAUUCCUUAGGAACCGGUGGAUCCAGUUUGAUCCAUCCCUCUGCGUCUUUCCUUCUUAGCAGCCCGUCGAGUCUUCCCUUUCCGACGUCCCUGUUGUACAUCAGGUCGCGUCGGGUCCGUGUGGAACUUUCGGGGAAUUGUAUUGUAUUUCGAAGUCUUAUCAGGAGGCGCGCAGAAAGAGACGCUGACUUCUUGGUCACCAUCGGGGGAAGAUGCGCUCCUUAACUUUUCCAUGCGUUUCUAAACGUGCUCUCACCACCUUCCUGGCGGGGUUUUUCCAAUGGCUUUAUUCAGCAAUGUAGAGCUUCCCUGUAUUAUUUAAAUAUCACGAGAGGAAAUAAGCGAUUUGGACUUUUUGGGUCUUUUAAGGGAGGUGGAGACGUUGAUCCCCUCCCUCAGUCCUCGACUGAAAUUACCACAUAAUUUUGCUCAGGAGAGACACUUGAAGCCGCACCACCCCAGCGCUGGAAAUGGAAGCACCUAAUGGCUACUCUGCAAGUAAUGGCCAAUGCUCUCCAGGUAAGGAGAAGCCAAGAAUGACAACAUCUAAUGGACAAAAUGAGCUUUAUGGCUGUAAUUCCCCUAGUGAACUGAGCGACAAACAGAUAAAGCAAGAAGACACAAGGGAGGAUGCUGACAACAGAAGUCCAGUGUGUGAGGCCCAAACAGGAGAAGAAGGGACAUCUCUGGGGGAAUCUAUGACUGGGAGCCCAAGUAAUGCACAGGAUGGGUUAUCUGGACAAAACAUGGCCGUGGAUGCAACCAGUCGCCAUCCAAACGGUGACCGGCCAUUCCAGUGCAACCAGUGUGGUGUCUCAUUCACACAGAAGGGAAAUCUGCUCCGACACAUUAAGUUGCACACAGGUGAAAAACCCUUCAAAUGCCCAUUCUGCAGCUAUGCCUGCCGCCGCCGUGAUGCUCUAACGGGUCAUUUGCGCACUCAUGCUGUUGGCAAACCACACAAGUGUAACUACUGUGGGCGGAGCUACAAACAGCGCAGUUCCCUUGAGGAGCACAAAGAGCGCUGCCAUAGUUACCUGCAGAGCAUUGGUCUGGACCCAACUGCCAGCACGGGCGCUUAUGCAGGUGACGUCCCUAAAGAGCCAAGGCCUAUGACUACGUUUGAGCGGCCGCUCGUGAUAGAAAGAAUGCAUAAUAAUGUUGGAAAAAGGAAGAGUAGCACACCCCAGAAAUUUGUUGGUGAAAAGAUGCUGCGCUACAGCUACCCUGAAAUGGGAUAUGAGAUGGGCCUCCAGUUUGAGAAGCAAGCUGAACUGUUGUCAGCUCACAUGAUGGACCAAUCUUUGGGUAAUGCCAUGACAUACUUGGGAUCAGACACACUGCGGCCCAUUCUCCAGCACACAGGACACCCCCUCUCUAUGACUGAGGUUGUGCCCGUGGUCAGCCCACUCUACCAUCAUGUUCUGCCUCUAGAUCACAGAGUUGAGCGCACAGGGAAUAUUGACACACUGCCAUCUCAGCCCCCAUUACCCUCUGAUUUCCCUAGCCACACCACCUCCAAUGGGCCCGCUUCUUUGACUCGGCAUGGUAAGCCAACCCAGUCAAGACAUGAAGAGACGCCAAGCAACAGUGGAGAAGACUCACCUGAGUCGGCUGGCAGCAGCCCUCAGGAGCGACAUGCGAACCCUAGUAGCCAUCUCCCGUCCAGUCUCAGGUCACACUCAAGUCCUACAGUUUUUUCAGGUGAUCAUGUGAAAGAUCUGUUACCCAGAAUUGGGUCAGGAACUGGGAGUGGGGUAUUGCGAGAAUCUGCAGAGAAGCCUGCAGUCCAAGAAGGGGUACGGGUGUUUGGGCGAGAAGGCCGGGAGUUACGGGCCUUCCAGUGCGACCAUUGCCAUGUGCUCUUCCUGGACCAUGUCAUGUACACCAUCCACAUGGGUUGCCAUGGAUACAGGGAUCCGAUGGAAUGUAACAUCUGUGGUCACCACAGCAAGGACCGUUAUGAGUUCUCCUCGCAUAUCGUCCGUGGUGAACAUACAUUCCAGUGAAAGUCAAAUUUAAAGACAAGUAAGGGGAAGACUUUUAAUCUCACGUUUUAACCUUUAAUGGCGCUGCAGAUUUAUGUAGCACUAGUACAGACUUUACAGCUACAAACAGUGUGAAUCUGAACAGCUGAACAAACAUAUGAAGGCUUUUAGAGCAGUGUGUGCUGCUAUAAACUUGACCAAAUCACUUGUAUUGAAACCAUUUUAAAAGCUUGCUAAAACAGACCUCAAGGAUUACUUCAACCAAAACUACUUUCUUCAGCAGCGCACAAUGUGACCAGUGUAGUGUUUGUCGGCAGGUCGUUUUGUUUAGGCUCAUAAUGUUCACUGUUUACAAAGUACGAAGGAAUAUGAGGACCACAUUGAAAAGAAAGGGGGGGGGGGGGGGACAAGACUAUAGUGAAAACAUUGUAUGAAUAAAGUCGCAAUUAUGAGAAUAAAGUUAAGUGGGUAUAUUUUGGCACAUCAACGCCAUCUUCAGUAAGAGCACUUUAAUGUGAGCGACUGUUCCAAACAUUUGUUUGUUCCUGAGAAAGAACACCACUGACUACAUUGCCUAUUUUAUCGAGAUUGUUUGAUCAUCAAUCAGAAGUGCUUUACUUACCAAAUACUAAAUACCGGUAAUAUUACUAGAUGACAAUACAGUGUAUGGCAGGUCUCAAGAGAGAGACAGUGGUUGUUGGUCUCUGACUGUUGCGUAUACAUUUAUGUGAGAAUUUUGACAUUCAUGUUGCAAUACAACUUGAAUUUUUUUCCCCCAGUAAUAUUAUGACUUUAAUUUUGUAACAUAACUUUUUUUUAUAUUCAUUAUAAUUCCUUUGUCCCUUUCAACGUGGCCCAAAUUCUCCUUCAUCAUAAAGAACAAGAGUGUGCUGGAAACUGUAGUUUGGUCACCUGAUGAUGCUUGGCGUCCAUUUGGACUUGAUAGCCUGUGGAAAUAUUGUCCCUCAUUUUAUUCUGCAUUUGCAGGAAUAUUAAUGCUUGUGCAAUUAUAUUUAGCUCACCUUUGUGGCAGUAUUUAUUUUAAUGUGAGCAUUAUUUCUAAGGUUAAAUUUUCCAAUGUUAUUAAAAGGAUUACAUUUUAAUUACAGCAAAAUACCAAGGGAAUGCUGAGUGGUUCAACAUUGAGCAUUCUCUCUGCAUAUUUUCACCACUUCAGAUCAUCAAAUAAAAUGUCAAUAAAAAACCCCAGUAAAUACAAAAUGCAAUUUAUGAAUGAUAAUUUAAUGUAUUAAAGCUACAGAGGGCAAGUGUGCUUCAGCUUUGGGUCAUGAACUGAUGGGCAAAAAUUCUCCUUUAGGAUUUUCUGGUAUAUGGCAGAAUUCAUGGUUCCAUCAAUGACAGUAAAUCGUCCAGGCACUGAAUGGGAAAAGCAGCCCCAGGUCAUCCACUUUGUUUGACUGUUGGUAUGAUGUUCUUUUUCAGAAAUGCCAGAUUUAACAAGAUGCAUGCCUUUCAAAAAUAUCAACUUUGGUUUUGUCAGUAUAUAUAUUAUUGCCAAAGUGUGGGGAUUAUUCAGAUGUUUGUUUGCAAAAGUAAGAUGAGCCUUUAUGUUCUUUUCGGUCAGCAGUGGUUUUCACUAUGAAAGUCUGUCAUGAAUGCCGUUUUUGCCUCUUCACUUCCUUAUUGUUGAGUCAUGAACACUGGUCUUAACUGAGGCAAGGGAGGCCUCUUGUUCUUUACUGUUGUCCUGGGUUUCUGCGUGAUCUCCUGGAUGUGUUGUCGGUGUGUUCUUGGGGUACUUUUGGUAGGCUGGUGACUCCUUAGGAAUGUCUUUGUAACCUUUUCCAGACUGAAAAAUGUCAAUUAUGAUAUUGCUAAACUGUUCUUGAAUUUCAUUGGAUCUUGGCAUUUUGUUGCUUUUUGAGAUAUUUUCGCCAUCUUCAUUUGUCAGACAGGCACUAUUUGUUGAUUGAACAGGUCUGGUAGUAAUUAUGCUUGGGUAUGGUCAGUAAAAUUAAACUCAGUUUUUACAAAAAUGAGACUGUUUACAGUUAACAGUUUCACUUAUGGCUAAGAAGGUUUGGAUAGAUUUUUUUUCCCCCGGAAAACAUUAAAUCAUUAUUUUAAAACUGCAUUUUGUGUUUACCUUAGCAAUCUUUGUCUUGUAUUUAAAUUUGUUUGACGGUCAGAAACAUUAAAGUGGGGGAAAUAUAAAUUCAAAAAAAUAAUUUGGCAAGGGGGUAAAUAAAUAAUUUUGGUUUAGAUUUUUUUAUCAUGUGAAAGACAAUCAAAACCUGAUGAAUAAAAAAGGCAUACAGUUACUUAUAGAAACCAAGAUUACUGGGACAACCUUCAAUCACCUUUGUUAUCCAACUUUGAAUUACCGUAGGCAAUACUCUCAGUCACUUUGCGGUGCAAUGCAAUUCAAUAUGACAUUGCUUGCUGCUUUAAAUUCUAAUCCAUGUUCAUUGUUUCAUUUUCUGUUGAUUUCCUUAGAGACAUUUUUUCCCCAUAAGGUUUCUUAUUGAGGCAGCACGGUGAGCGUGUGGUUAGCACAUCAGCCUCACAGUUCAGAUGUCUUAGGUUCAAAUACAGGCUCUGGCCUUCCUGUUUCUCCCACAUUACAAUAGCAUGCAUGGUAGGUUAAUUGAAGACUUUAAAUUCUCCCUAGGUGCGCAUUUGAGGGUGAAUGGUUGUUUGUCUCUGUGCUCUGCGAUUGGCUGGCAACCAGUUCAGGGUGUAUGCUGCUUCUCGCCCAAAGUCAGCUGGCAUAGGCCUGUGACCAUCAAGGGAUAAAAGCAUGGGUGGUGUUGUAUUGGCUUCCAUUGCAAAGUUUUUAUAUUUUCCCCCCUCUGAUGUAAAGCAUGAAAACGUGUCCUGCAAAUCAAUCAGAACUAAUAAUUAUUAAUGAACAUAAGUUCACAACAGGCGGCACGGUGGACUACUGGUUAGAGCGUCUCCCUCACAGUUCUGAGGACCGGGGUUCAAUCCCUGGCCCCGCCUGUGUGGAGUUUUCAUGUUCUCUCCGUGCCUGCCUGCCCAUAAAGAUCACUUUUUCAUGUUCAUAUUUGAGUGUUGGGACUUUAUUUCUUAGUAAUUGGGUGGGGCUUAAGCAAUGUAAAUAGUUUUUUGUAUGUUGCACUCUAUUUGUAUAUCCUUUCAAACAUAAUGUUCUCUCCCAACUCUGUGUGGGAAUACUUUCAAUACAUAAUGCCUUAAACUCUGCCUUGGACAGCUUAAAUUAUUAAUUGAAUUAAAAUAUGAACCAAGCAAUUAUGUACAUUCAUCAGACAUUCAUCAUUUUGUUUCAGGUGUGAUGUUAUUGACCUUAUCUUUGUAGCUGCUAAACUUUUGACUUCAUUAAUUAAAUUGCAAAAAACUAAUUUCUAUAUGCUCCAACAAUGAUAGGCCAUGAGUACAAAAUGCAGAUACAAGUUAAACUCAACUAAUUAUUUACUGUGAAGGAAAGAAGGAAUUUUAACCUCUGAGAGGCCUCAUUGCAGGAUAUGAGAAGAAGUGAAGAAUGUGUUUUGUAUAGCUGACCUUGCACUUUAGUCAUGCAUUUGUAACAAGGCAAAACAUUUUUCAAGUCCUAGAGUAGAAACUGUUGAUAAAACCAAAUGCACACUUUUUAAGGCUUAUGUGGAAAUGAUUUGGUGUUGGUGAUAAAUAAUGUCUUUGUGAAAGCAAGUUUUGUUUUGGAAGCAGACCGUAAACUUCAAAGAUCAACUCAGCAACUAAAUUAACCUCAACUUUUCUGUAAAUUUAAUAUAUUGAUCAAAAGGCAGCUAUUGCUCAUUUUUUCUUCUAAUUGUCUGGUGCUAAGCAACCAUAAAACAUACUGUGUGUGCAAACCAUGCCACAGAAA